UUUUUUUCCUUUUGCUGUCAUAUUUGCUGUGCUUUCUCAACUUUUACUUUGUGUUUUUUUAGGUUAGCUAUUUUUCACAGACUAAUUAUAAAGUUAUUGUAAUGGAUUGUGUGUAUAAGUCCAUAUACAGUGGAAUUGGAUCAGUAUUUAGGUAGCUAGGCUGAUUGAAGAGAAAACUCUGUGAGCAGUAUAUUUCCAUCAAAAGGCUGUGUUUUUGCCUAAGUCACAUGUCAUAAAAGAUUGGAUGCUUUUAAAAUCUUUAAUACAAGUGCCACAUAAUUAUCACCAGAAAAUAAAACAAUUUUGAUCAAAAUCAUUUCAUUUUGAUCUUUCUUACGCAUUUUUUGGUGUAACUAAUAAAUACCUUAACACACUAAACCUGACCUGAGGAAAACUUUGGUAUUUUGUUGCCUGAGAUAGCUAGCUAGUUAUAUGUCAUGUAAUAUAUACUUUUUCAUGCUUUACUUGGUUCAUUUGCUUUUUAAAGUCAUAAUUUUAUUUUUAAUUGAAGUCUAUAUAAGGCUGAUCACAUUUUCAAUGCAAGUGGUUUUGAUCUCAUAACAAAUGACAGCUAUAACUUUAAACAUUACUCAUUUAAUUGUUCUUAGUUAUAAGCAGCUGUAGUAACUAGACAUGUACUAUAUUUAAAAGAACAUACAUCAAGUUAAAGCAGAAACGAUGAAUACAUGGAAUCACAGUCCCGAUAUUUACUUGUGCACGCAUCUAAGUGAUUACGAAAUGCCCAAUGCGCGUGCAGAAAUGGAGGUAAAAAUGUAAACAAACUAAGCGAAAAAGUUACUUCCAUUUCUGCGCGCGCAAGAAAAACACGGCACUAUGAUUGAGUGUAUUCCAUUGUGACAUUAUUUAUUUACUUUUCUGCGAUAAGCUCUUUGGUUCUUGCCCUUGGUACAAAAAGAGAUGCUAGGAUUUAGUGAAUAGAGGUCUUUUCUGUGGAUCUCUUCUUGUGGAAACAUCGUUUAAGAGUUUAAACUAUUAUUGAGUGUAGAUUGAUGCCUUCUGAUUUAUUUGAAUUCAUUUAAACCAAUACCUUUGUGUGUCCAAAUAACCUGAAAAUAAUUUUGCAUUACCUAGCGCCCCUAUUUUCAUGCCACGCAAAUACCAAAGCUGAAAAAGUCCUCCCGCUGAAAAUAUAAACAAAGAAGUUAAUCUAUUGUCAAAAUUUUCAAAAAAAUAUGUGUUUCAUUUCUUGUCACCUUCCCUAUUUCUCCCCCAUUUAGCAAACCUCAACUUACAUGUGAAAAUUCCUAAAAGCCUAAUGUAAAAAAACAAAUUGAUCAAAAUGUUAAUUUUCUAUUUACUGUUUUUAACAACAUUGCUAAUAAUUUUACAUUUUUGUAACUGUUCUCAGUAUUUAUUAGGUAUGACAAUGUGGUAACCUUUUCUUAUAGGAAUUUGUUCCAUAAGCAUUUGUUACUUUAUUUUAGGCAUAGUAAGUUAUUUUAAAACUGCAUUUGUAGUAAUGUGUUUAAGCUUUAAUAAGAAUUAAACCAAAAGCUCAAGAGAUGUCUCGAACUCCAGUCUUCCUAAAUGUCUAUAAUAUGUAUUGGUUAAAUGAAUACACAUCGCCAAUUGGUCUUGGGGUGUACCAUUCAGGAAUUGAGAUUUACGGAAAAGAGUAUGCUUUUGGUGGACACCCAUUUGAAUUUACAGGGAUAUUCGAUAUGGAACCAAAAGAUCUUGUAGAACUUGGUGAAGGUUUUUCCUUCAAAGAAACUGUAAAACUUGGACAUACAGACUUUACUGAAAGUGACAUUGACAACUUGGUUGAGAUGUUGGGAAAAACAUAUUUGGGCUCGUCAUAUCAUCUAAUAAAAAAAAAUUGCAAUCACUUUACCAGCGAGUUUAGUAAGUUAGUUUGCGGCAAAGACGUACCAGGUUGGGUAAAUCGACUGGCUGCAAUUGGAACUCGCUUCCCUUUCUUAGCAGCAUGCAUACCAAAAGAAUGGUUGACUCCCGAUGGAGGUGCUGCAUUUAAUGAUUGUGUUGAUCUGACAGACUGGGAGGAGAUCGAUUAUCCAUCGUCCAACGAAAAAGAAAAAGAAGAUGAAAUGAUGACGUUAAAUGAAAUGCUGGGAAUUAGCACGUGUAACCGUUCGGUAUCAACUAGUCGUGAGUUUCGUGGUGGUCCCAGUACGACUGAUUUACUUAGCGUUUCUUCAAUAACAAGUGACAUUUCGGACACAAGUCAGCUUAAUAUCGGACAGCCUGCAUCGACGCGCUCAGACAGUCUUUCAAAUUUAGAACAUGAGAAAUCAAUUGACUGUACAGAUAACCAAUCAUCGAACGGUUAGCUUCGUCAUAGCUUUAUAAAUUAUAAUUAUGCAACCUCAUUGUCGAUUAAUGCUUCGAUUACCUCAGAGAUGUGCAUGUUUGACUCGAUAAGUAGUGCAGGUACCCGUUAUCCGACUUUGAUUCGAAUAAUGGUUUUGUCAACACCACCACGCUUGUUGUAUAGUUAGACGUAGUAAAUAAACCUUAUCCAAUGCUUAGUUGCAUGAUUUUGCGUUUGCUUGCUUAUCCCAGGAUCUACUCUUGUGUCGUGCUACAUUCAAAUGAAACUUAGUGUGUUUUCUCUCACAAAACCUUUUUUUACUUUAGUGUUAGUAAGUUUGUACAUGGAUGUAUAUUGUGAAAAAUUGUGUUUAUUUGCUUUUUAUAAAUAUAGCUAGCUUAAGAAUUUCGGUUUUGAAUUAGUAAAUGUUGAUUUAUUGAUUUAUUACGUUACGUUAAUAUAAGUUCGACGGAAAAACUCCAGCGGGAAUAUUUGUGACGACAUUGUUAAACUUUCGACGAAGAAUGUUAUUUCUUCA